CUCUCCUUUUCAGGCCAAACACCACUCCCCACCCCCCGCACUCCCCCUAAAAAUAGAAGCAGCAGCAUGCAAUUCCCCACUCCAUCAAGCAAACUGAAUCUGCUGCUCUCCCUGCAGCUCCCCAUUCCCCAAUCUCCAGAUGGGCCUAUGAGCGAGCCAGCAGCAGCAACAGUUGCUACCACCACCGCUGAGAAAGAACUCAAGAAGCUAGCCAACCUCCAUUUCUGACACCCAGCUGUGAGCCAAGAUCACCAUCCAACACCACCAAAGCUAGCUGAUCCAUGGACAUGUCGCCGAACCCCGACAGCCCCUCAUCGGGAGGGGGCAACGGCGGCGUCGGGUCGAGCAGCGGCGGCGCGUCGCCUUCCGUUGGCUCAAUGACGCCGCAGUCGCCGAGCCGGUACGAGGCGCAGAAGCGGCGCGACUGGAACACGUUCGGCCAGUACCUACGGAACCACCGGCCGCCGCUGAGUCUGACUCAAUGCAGCGGCGCGCACGUCCUCGAGUUCCUGCGUUACCUGGACCAGUUCGGCAAGACCAAGGUGCACGCCGCGGCGUGCCCCUUCUUCGGCCACCCGAACCCGCCGGCGCCCUGCCCCUGCCCGCUCCGCCAGGCCUGGGGUAGCCUCGACGCCCUCGUCGGCCGCCUCCGCGCUGCCUUUGAGGAGAACGGCGGCCGCCCAGAGUCCAACCCCUUUGCCGCGCGCGCCGUCCGCCUCUACCUCCGCGAGGUCCGCGAGCACCAGGCCCGCGCCCGCGGCGUCAGCUACGAGAAGAAGAAGCGCAAGAAGCCGCAGCAGCUGCCGGGCGACAGCAGUGGCAGCCUUCACGGCCACCCCCACCACCCUCCGCCCCCGCCGCCCGGCGCCAUCUGCUGAGCUAAUCGAACGACGCUCGUCCUACGCUCUCCUAUUUGGCCGGUAUGCCAGAUUGAGCAUAUAUUUUAUGUAUCAUUUGCAUCUGCAUGUAUGCAUGUGCAUGGCAGUGGCUUCCAGCUGCUGAUCCGUGUACUCUAUCAUGAGAAAACUACUAGUAGUCGGUGCUGCGUUCGUACUGCAUCGCUUGUUUGUUUCGAUUGCCUUUAGCUUUGGUGUUGUCGAAUCUAUUUACUUCUAGGAGUGAGCAAGUGUUUUCUGUACUUUGAACUGGGGAGUAUAUGUCCUUUGAGGUUCCAUCUAGAGAUCUAGCUAGGGACAAUGUGAUACAUGGAGAUCUCUCUUGCUGUUUGUGGAAGAUUUUGAAGCCUGUUUCAGUGUCCAUAUGCAUCUGCGCAUCAUGUGUCAAUUCAAUUCUGGAGCCAGCACCUUCUUGUUUCU